AAGGCCCGACCUCUCGGCAGCCUAGACACCCCAAACACCACACAGCACAGGCAAGGCAGGAUGGCGGAUCCACGCAGGACUAUCCUUGCCGAUCCCCUCGCCACCACGCACCGCCGGAAUGGCAGCCGCACCCACUUCGUCGUCGCGGGCCAGAGCGCGCCGGGCGCCAGUGGCGACGUCAAGAUGUUUGAGUGGGAUCCAGCGGCCGAGUCGAUGAGCAUGGUUGGAUGCCAGACCGACGUUGGCGGCGUCAAGGCCAUCACAUGGUCGCCCCUCCCGACACAUCGACACCUGGUAGCGCUCGGCCUGAGUACUGGCCGGACACAGCUCUCGUCGCUCUCGUCGGCGUCUCUGAAUCUCACCAUGUCGGGCAGCACAUCACCGGCGCCGCAGCCGCCGCUCGCGGCGCUGUUGACAGUCAAGCACUCGCGCCCUGUCACCGCGCUGUCGUUCUCCGAUCGGGACCCGUAUCUCCUUGCGGCAGGCUACGACCGGCAUCGGUCCGACUACUCGCUCGUCAUCUGGGACAUUGCCGAGGCCGUCGCUGCGAUGCCGCGCGACUCGGACGGCGACGCGGCGUUCAGCCGCCCCGCGGAGAGACUGGAGGUCACCAACCCCCUGGCACUUCGUCCCGCGAGCGGGCUGCACUCGAGCAAGACAGACACGACGAUCCGCCACGUACAGCAGUACUGCCCCUCCGAGGCGGUUCAGAGCGUCGCCUGGGUCCCCAAGUCGUCCACAGAGGUCAUGGCCAGCGCCAACAGCAAAGUCAUCCGGCUGUAUGACCUCCGCGCCCCCGCUGCAGCUGCGGCUCCAAGCCCUCGCGACCCGAGUGCGGCGAGCAUGGCUGGAGCGGCAAUUCAGUGGAGCACACGGGCUGUGUAUACGAUCACUCCGAACCCUGAUAGGCCGCAGCGCCUGGCAUCGGUGGAGCAGUCGCCAGCUGGGGGUAUCGUCCGGCUGUGGGAUACUCGACGGCCUGGUAUCGAACUGUUGAAUCUACCCCUCGAGCACGACUGGUCCGGAGGAGGAGCCAGCUCGUCGAUCGUCUCUCUCGAGUGGAUGCGUACACCAGGAAUGCCAGAUUUCGGGGCGUCGGCGCUCGGUGUCGGCACGCGUGAAGGUGGCAUCUCCAUCUGGGACAUUAUCAGUGGUCCGCAGCGAGCCGAUGGGCUCGACGAGUGGACAUCUGUCGGCGGCAUGCGGCAAGUCGUCAAGCCGAAGCUCAACCUUCAAAGCUUCGUGUUUGCGCCACCAACGUCGCCGGCUGUCCGUGACGUCGUCUUCGUGGUCAAGGACGGAACGAUCGGCGCAGGGCCCGUAGGUUUGGCACCUUCGAUUGCAUCCAGUGCCCGUGCAGAGCUGGCCGUCAGCGCUUCGUCGCUGUUCAUUCUCGACCCCAACGUUCCUAGCCGCACCCGCGCGUCCACCCCCGGCACUCGAUCCCCACGGUCUCGAUCCCACUCCCGUCCCCAAUCCCGCGACCCAAUGACCGAUGACCGCAGGAAGAAUAGGUUCCAGCUGCCGCCAGAGCGUGUAUCGGCACUGCUGGCGGCUGAGCGCGCUCGUAGCCGAGAUGCUUCGCCAUCAGGAAUCGGAAGGACGGGUCGUCGUGAGGGCCUCGAUUUCGAGGAGCUGGAUGGGGAGGAUGAAGACUACGGAGACGAGGUCUCGGGGCCAGAUGGCUUCAGGAGGACUCUUCGGCACGACAUUGCGUUUAUCAUGAAGCGCAGGGUCGAGGAGGGCUAUGGUCUUGACAAUCUGUUGUUGAACGCGGCGGUAGGAACCAGGUUCCCCGACGCGGACCGUCUGUUAGGCACCUGGGAAUUCGUUGAUGAGUUUAUCCAAGGUACUGCCUCGGAUAUCUCGAUUCAAGGCAACUACAACCUCACCUAUCAAGGUAUCUGGCCAAUAUGGUCGGGACAGAUCGGCGCACCGCCAUCCUUGGCAAGCUCUGUCCCAGGAUCAGCGGCCUGGACAGCACUUCGUGCCCAUAACAAUUCCCACCUGGGCGUUGGACAACGAGACACCGGUAGCGCUGGAUCCACGCCAAGGCGCGAUGCAGCAGACCUCCUUGACCCCGACUACACGAGCGCCAUCGCCAAGAUCAAUGCGGCUCGGGCAACGGCUGGGGCCAGUUCCAGCCCUGGAAAUCACAAGCUGCCACACACUGAGAAGAUGCCACAGAGGCGUAUGAUCUUGGCCGUGUGCGGAGAGAACCAUGCGUACGAGACUAUGGCCGAGGUCAACCGCCUCGUAGAUGAUGACCAGCGAACAAAGGCUGCCUGCUGGGCGUUCUUCGCCGGCGAGGAAGGCCCCGCCGUUACGAUUCUCAUGCGGUCUGAUGAUGAGAGGCACCGCCUUAUGGGUGCGACCAUCGCAGGCUUCAUGACCCAAUCUCGAGCGGAACGUGGCUCACUAUUCUGGCAAGAGCACUGGAGAAGCAUGGUGGACAAGGUGGAUGAUCCAUACGUUCGCGCAGUCCUUACUCGCAUCGCCGGCGAAGAGUGGGACGGAAUCAUCUACGACGAGAGCUUGCCUCUUCUUGAUCGCAUCGCGGUCGCCGUGUGCAACCUGAGCGACAAAGACCUCACCUUCUUCCUUCGCAACCGCCUCAACCGCUGCAUUCAGCUCGGCUCGCUUCAGGGUCUGGCUCUAACCGGCUUCACCCCCGCAGGACUCGAUUUGCUGCAGGCCUUUGUCGACAGGACCGGCGAUGUGCAGACAGCAGCGCUCCUCUCGGCGUUCUUCCCGCGGUCCCGCCUGUCUACCAGCCAAAUCGCCAUGCUCGAGCGUUGGCAGGAAGCGUACCGCGACCUCCUCGACAGCUGGAUGGCAUGGGUCCCUCGGUGCAACUUUGACGUUGGGGUCAUUGCCCGCCGCCGUGAAAUCGGCGACUUGGCUGCCGAUGCCGUGCAGACGGUCGUCGUCUGCCCGGCCUGCAACAACCAGCUCACGAAGCAAACAGAGGAGCAUUUACUCCGCAAGAAUGCCCUGCGAGGUGCCAUCAAGCCUCCAAGCGUCCGAGUAGGUUACCGCGCAGUGCAUGUACUGUCAGAACUCUCUGCCACGGUGUAGUAUCUGUCUCGUCCACGUCCGACCCGAGAUCGAUACCCGUGGACGCGAAGUGCAGGUUGAUACAAUGGACACGGCAUAUGUUUCUUGCCAGACUUGCCGGCACGGUGGUGAGUAGACUCUGCGCUGUCCCAGUUCGCUGCUAACCAGGAAGGCCAUGUUGCACACAUUCUCGCGUGGUUUGAAGGGGGCCUCGAUGGGGAGCCUCCCCAUGAUGUCUGCCCAGUCGCUGGUUGCGACUGCCACUGUGCCAGCCUGUGAGCGUGUCGCGAGGGGUUUAGUUUUGUUUUGUGGCACACCAUGC